UUAUCCCGGAAGUGUGAGCCGACGUUGAGAGGAGUGUGUGUAUCUGGAAGAAGCCUUCAGUCAUUUUUUCCCUUCGCAAAUAGGCACAUAGACGUUUAAGUUUUGUAGCAGUUUUGCAGCAAGAUCUUCAGCAUGCCUCUUAAAUUCGAGAUUUGUCCAGGAAGAAUGAUCGGGGGUAACAACCCCUGUUUCAUCAUUGCAGAAAUCGGACAAAAUCAUCAAGGAGAUAUUGAAAUCGCGAAGAAAAUGAUCAAACUUUCUAAGGAAGCUGGGGCAGACUGUGCCAAGUUUCAGAAGAGUGAACUUGAAUAUAAGUUCAAUAAACGUGCCCUGGAGCGCCCUUACACCUCUAAACACUCUUGGGGAAAGACGUAUGGGGAACACAAGCGUCAUCUGGAGUUUAGUCAUGAACAAUACAGAGAGCUGCAGAAGUAUGCCAAGGAAGUUGGCAUCUUUUUCACUGCAUCAGGCAUGGACGAGAUGGCUGUAGAAUUCCUCCAUGAGUUGGAUGUUCCAUUUUUCAAAGUUGGAUCUGGAGAUACCAAUAACUUUCCAUACCUUGAAAAGACAGCAAAAAAAGGAAGGCCUAUGGUGGUGUCCAGUGGAAUGCAGUCCAUGGAGACCAUGCGGCGUGUCUACCAAACAGUGAAGAAGCACAACCAAAACUUUUGCAUUCUGCAGUGCACCAGUGCCUAUCCUCUCGAGGCUGAAGAUGUUAAUCUGAGGGUCAUCACUGAGUACCAGAAGGAGUUCCCAGACAUUCCCAUCGGAUACUCGGGGCAUGAGUCAGGGGUCUGCAUUAGUGUGGGGGCGGUAGCACUCGGUGCAAAGCUGGUGGAACGCCAUGUGACCCUUGACAAGACCUGGAAAGGCAGUGACCAUGAAGCCUCUCUGGACUUCAGCGAGCUGGCCGAGCUCGUGCGCGCCAUCCGUACGGUGGAGCGGGCUCUGGGCACGGGCACUAAACAGAUGCUGCCCUGUGAGGUGCAGUGCCAUGAUAAGUUGGGGAAGUCUAUUGUGGCAAAGACAGCCAUUCCAAAGGACACUGUCCUGACCCUAGACAUGAUGACCGUGAAAGUGGGGGAGCCAAAAGGUGUGCCACCAGAAGACAUCUUCCAGCUGGUGGGCAAGAAGGUUACAGCUGAUGUUGGAGAGGAUGAGAGCAUCACCGAGGAUGUUGUAGACAAAUACGGCAAAAAGGCCAAAUGCUGAGAGGGGCAUUACUGCAUUACUACAUCCCUGCUAUGUGAGCAGUGUACGCCAUACUUCAGUUAUGUGUAAACAUGUUUCAUCUGCUUCUGUUCCGGCCUUCUCACGUCUGUGAGCUGGACCAGAAUCCCGUUGUUUUACAGAAACAAUUUUGAUACGACACUCUCUGUGUAGCAACAACUUUCUUGAAAGCAUUUUGAUUUUGAUGAAGCAAGAAAUUAUUUGUUGAACAAGACAUGUCAUUGCCUGAUGAGAGUCCAUUAAAAUAUUUUUCAGCACAA